GACCGAAGCUCGCAUCAGUCCGGCCCGGUGCGUUGCCUUGCGAACACGCCACAAGCCACAAGCCACAACUCCUCAGUACUUACACAUUAGAAAAGAAUCCUAAACAAUAUGAGGGAAUGCAUCUCAGUUCACAUCGGCCAAGCCGGAGUUCAGAUCGGUAACGCCUGCUGGGAGCUGUACUGCCUCGAGCAUGGUAUCCAGCCAGACGGACAGAUGCCCUCGGACAAGACCCUCGGCGGCGGAGACGACUCCUUCAACACCUUCUUCAGUGAGACCGGCGCCGGCAAGCACGUGCCGAGAGCCGUGUUCGUCGACCUCGAGCCUACAGUCGUUGAUGAAGUCCGCACUGGCACCUACCGCCAGCUGUUCCAUCCUGAACAACUGAUCACUGGCAAGGAAGACGCCGCCAACAACUACGCCAGAGGUCACUACACCAUCGGCAAGGAGAUCGUCGACGUCGUUCUUGACAGACUGAGGAAACUCGCUGACCAAUGUACUGGACUACAGGGUUUCUUGGUGUUCCACUCCUUCGGCGGCGGCACCGGUUCAGGGUUCACGUCUCUACUCAUGGAACGUCUGUCAGUGGACUACGGCAAGAAGUCCAAGCUAGAGUUCUCCAUCUACCCCGCGCCCCAGGUAUCGACGGCGGUGGUCGAGCCCUACAAUUCGAUCCUGACCACUCACACAACCCUGGAACACUCGGACUGCGCCUUCAUGGUGGACAACGAGGCUAUCUACGACAUCUGUCGCAGGAACCUCGACAUCGAGCGCCCGACCUACACCAACCUGAACAGGUUGAUCGGCCAGAUAGUAUCCUCGAUCACGGCAUCCCUUCGUUUCGACGGCGCCCUGAACGUGGACCUGACGGAGUUCCAAACGAAUUUGGUUCCGUACCCCCGCAUCCACUUCCCGCUGGCGACGUACGCGCCCGUCAUCUCCGCAGAGAAGGCUUACCACGAACAGCUCACUGUAGCUGAGAUCACCAACGCUUGCUUUGAACCAGCCAACCAGAUGGUGAAAUGCGAUCCGAGACACGGCAAGUACAUGGCUUGCUGCAUGUUGUAUAGAGGGGAUGUGGUACCGAAGGAUGUAAACGCAGCCAUCGCCACUAUUAAGACUAAGAGGACUAUUCAGUUCGUUGACUGGUGUCCAACAGGAUUCAAGGUUGGUAUCAACUACCAGCCACCGACGGUCGUCCCAGGAGGUGAUCUGGCGAAGGUACAAAGAGCCGUGUGCAUGUUGUCCAAUACUACCGCCAUCGCCGAAGCUUGGGCCAGAUUGGACCACAAGUUUGACCUGAUGUACGCCAAGCGCGCUUUCGUGCAUUGGUACGUGGGUGAGGGUAUGGAGGAGGGAGAGUUCUCUGAGGCCAGAGAGGACUUGGCGGCCUUGGAGAAAGACUACGAGGAGGUCGGAGUCGACUCCACCGAGGGCGAGCUCGAUGAAGAUAACGAAUAUUAAACUCAGCAAACUGCUUUAUUCCUACCAUCGUGUCAGUGUUGCUAGCCCUAAUAAUAACAUUUGGUAGUAUUCUUUAAUAUAGAAUAUUCAAUAAUAUUUUUUUUAUUUUAUAAUCAGCGGUAAGAGGCGUGUGCAUGCUUACUAACAGUACAAACUUUUGAAAUAUGAUUUCAACGAGAAAUGUAAAGUUUGUGAGACUGUAACAGUGAUGGAUAAUUUGCAUUUAUUAAUUAAACAAAUACUUAUAUAGAUAUUGGAUUUAAGAAUAUUAAUAUUUUCAUUAUUUUAUAAGCUAAAUUUUAUAUGAUAAGUGCUUCUAACGAGGAUGUAUGACCGAUUAUUUAUUUGAAUGCACAAUAAACAAUUUUACACAAAAAAAAAACCUCGUUUAUUUCCUUGAUACAGACAUGUAGGAACACGGAACAAUCGAUAACAAUGUGUAGAACAUUAUAGAAAAACAUUCACAGCGAGAGAAGAUAAAACAAAACUAGACAAGAUACGGUUCAAUGUCGAACAAAUA